AUGGUUGACAACGUGGAAAUAAAGGAAACUGACAUGGAAGAGAAAAUGGUGAAAGCUUGUGUCGAAAUAACAAACGAUGCCCAAAGUCGCUAUAAUUUUGAUAAGGAUGUAGCAGCCUAUAUAAAGGAAGAAUUUGACAGACGUUUUGGAACAACUUGGCACUGCGUGGUAGGUAAAAGUUUUGGCUCACGUGUCUCUUAUGAAAUGCAACAUUUCAUGCUACUAAAUACUCGACACGUAUCUAUUAUGAUUUUUAAAUGUGGCUAUUGA